CCAGUCCCAACACAGUGUUAUUGCAAAUUGACCAAUGGCGCAGCGGCUGUAGGCGGCACAAUAGCUCUCCUUCACUGCGCUGCUGCAGCCAACCAGAGAGCAACUACUCAGAAAUAUGGAUGACAGAAAGACACAAAUACACGGCUCUCCACCAGGCCUUAUCUGUAUGGAGUCAUAAACAUGUCCACUGAUGAUAGUAUCUCAGAGGAUGUGUCCAGUUCGGGAGCUUUGAGCCACUGCCCUGCUAGUGCAGAUGGGGAUGGCGGUAAAGAGAGUGAGACUUCAUUGGUGUCUUCUGAAGGGACCUCAGCUCCUGGGCUCUCCGUCUCUGAGGACAGACUCACAGCCUCCCAUACAACUGGAGGGACUGUGCAGUGCCAACCCAUGGAUACACCAGCACUCCAAAACAUCAGGGACAUUUGUCUGAGCCCUGAAGUAUUUGGACAUGGGAAGAAUCUUCCCUUUAUAAAUCCGAGCUCUAUCGAGACAUUAAGAGCCCUGGUGCAGGAGAUACGAAGCAGUGGAGAGACUAAUCCUGAGAUCUGGAAGGAUUGCGAGGGACGGUGGUUACAUCUAUUUCAGCUUGUUGAAAAGCAAUACCAAGAGCAAAUACUUGCUCAGCAAGAACAAUACCAGUGCCAAAUUCAGUUAAUUCAGGAUGAAAUUAAAGCUCUUGUUCAAAUCCAAAACCGCCAGGGUACUUUUCAGCCUCAUAAAGACUUUUCUACAGUUUCUAAGGCUAACACAAGGGACCAUGUACUGCCCCCAGUCAGUACUCACUGCUCAACUGGCAGUCUGGAGGUCGGAGAAGUCACAACAAACGAACCAGCUACCACAGUGCUCAGCAGUGGUUAUGGGACUAUGGCCCCAUGGGAACCUGCUAUUGAAAUUUCUAUGUCUUCUUCCAAUGUCAGUAAAAAGAAACUUCCCAUGUCCCUAACCACUGAAGACAAGAACUUAAAUGUGAAUGUCAGUGGAAAAUAUUCAAGUGCACAGAAACCUGGACCCGGACUUGAGAGAGUGAGCCAACAAAUUAACCAGCAGCUAACUUCUGGCUCUAACCAGCAACUUACCUCCUGGGCACAGAUGAACAAACUUAGGCCUAAAAGAAAUAAGGCAGGGCUGUUGCCAAUGAUGACUGCAGAAAACGAAUCCCAUCAGCUAAUCCAAUUUAAGAGUACAGAGUCACUAGACCAGAAUCAAACAGUUGGACUCUCAUACGGCCUCAGGAGGAGUGAUAGUCUGAUUUCUGAGGCCUCAGGUCUGACCUAUUGGCGACUGCAUGAAAAUGAUCUGUAUCACCCUCUACCAGAGAGCUUCGACAGUGGUGUACACCUUUUAAAAGAUACAUCCAUGGGUUCUAUACCUUGUCAGCAGUCUCAACUGUCUCUAAAGGAGAUUUACUGUAACAAACAAGAAUCAGAUUUCAAACGCGCAGACAGGGAUGGUUCUUGUAAAUCCGCCUCUUUAUCUCCACAACCACAAGUGUUGACCUUGGACCGCACUGUUACCACACGACACUCGGAUCAUACCUCUGGCUUCACAUCCCCCUCUCAUUUCAGCAGCCCUUCUUUCUCUACACCGUCUAAUCCUGGCCCCAGAGCUGAAACCCCCCUAACCCCAGACAGUCAUAAUCAAGUGGAGGUGGACUGUACUUCUGAUGCCUCCAGUGUUUGUGCAGCUCGACAUAUAAAUCUGAAGAUGCAUGACCAAUGGGCUCUUUUUCCCCUGCCUGCCCCACACAAUUCCUUUCAGCACCCAGCUCCUGUCCAGAGUGAACCAUCAGCUCAGACAGAGGGAUCCAGUUCAGUUGAGGAUCCUGUUGUCCUUUCGUUGCUAAGACAGAACCUGAGAGAGAAACACUCGAGACAUGUGGCAGAUCUUAAAGCCUACUAUGAAGCUGAGAUCCAAAAUCUUUUAGAUAAACUUAGACUCAAAGAUCUACCCAAGGACAUUGAAAAAAGCAACCAGGCACUCUCUGAAAGAUGCCAGCAUUUGGAGAAGGCAUUGGCUGAGGCAAUAAGUCGCAUUCAAGAACUUGAGACAAAUAACAGUUCCCUGGAGAAAAAAAUUACUGAAUGGUCUGAGCGGUACGCUGUUGCUGGUGCCACUGUGAAGUCUUUGCAGAAGAGGCUGGAGGAAAACAAGCGCUCAGCCAAAGAGAGAGACACAAUAGCAGCCAAACUGAAGAGCCAAGUAAAGCAGCUGGAAGAGGCAGCACAGAAGGCAGAAAGAGAGGCAGAUGAAAGUAAGACAAAGAGAGAGAGGGAGUACAAGAUGCUUCAAGAUCUUCUUGUAGAAUAUGAUUCUCUGGUGAAAAGGCAUGAGGGCCUGAAGAGCAACCUGGCCUCAACAGAGAACAAACUUGUUGAUGCUCAUGGGCAGAUAACCGAACUAAAGAGAAUCCUUUCUAAGAUGGAGUCACAGGUGAAACAACUUGACCAUGAGAACCAGGCUAGAGCCCGUUAUUCUUUGCACAAUAACACACUACCCUCUGGAGCGGGUCUAUUCCACCACCCUGAUCUGCUUCUGUCACCAACUAAAAGGAACGCUCAGCCAGAUGUCAUACACACUUUCUCCCUUUCACCAACUGAACAGAUGAAUGAUGGCAUACAGUCACUUGUAACACCACAAUCAUCAAAAUCUCCAUACAAGAAGUGUGAUCAUUUAUCAGGAAAUGAGAGUCCUUUUGACAUUACAACUGGUGGAAGAUGGAACCCAAAUUGUGAGCCACCUCAGCCUCAGUUGAGACUUCAAGGCGUUUCCCGAAAGCCAGGCUCAGGUUUUAUUACUCCUGUGAUGAGAGCCUUAAUUGAACUGGAGGAGACCCGAGCCACUCAAAGUCGUGCACCUUGGGUGGACAAUUCAAAGUCCACAGUGGGAUUUAUGGAGCGAAGACUCAAAGUGCCAAUAGAAGAGCAAGACAUUUUUCAGGAUUUGGCUAAACCUCAGAGACAAAUGGAGAAAGACAGAGUCCGAGCUCUUCAGAGGAGUCUGUCUCCAGAGAGCCAUAGGUCAUCCUCUUUGCCUCCUCCAGCUCAACGCAACAUGCCACUCCCAAAUACACCCUCAAAAAGAGAGACUCUACUUAUGCCAUUGUCUGCAAAAUCCAGUCCAAAACGCUGCCCUACUGAAAACUUCUCUACUGCUUUUGGUCACUUGAUGCCCAGAGAGGAACAUUUGCAGCACAGUCCCAGGAAAGGGCUUCUCUUCCCCUCACCAGAUACUAAUCAAGGACAGCAUCUUUCAAGUUUCCCAGGUAAUGUGCAGUCUCCUGAAGUAAACACCCAGCUGGACUGGGAUGAGCGGCGGGAUGAGAACACAGGAUCAGUCCCUUUGGACAGACAGCUGUCCCUGUCUGAAGCUGAGAGGCUGUUUGAUGAACUCACACAGGAGAAACUGCAGAUUGAGGCAGCAUUGAGCCGGAUGCCUGGAGCAGGCAGGCACAGCAUACAAGCAAGGUUAGAUGAGGUGGCCUUGGAGAAUCGUCUGGAGAGAAUUAACCGGGAGCUGGGAUCUCUUCGCAUGACUCUGAAGAGAUUCCAUGUCCUUCGCUCUUCGGCCAACUUAUAGCAAUGGCACUUUUCAACAUAUGUAAUAUGGAUGUGACAAUUUAAAGAUACAGUAUGUAACUUUUUCACCAAAAAAUAGACUAAAAGAAACCCACGUUUGUUUUCGUUUUUUUUGCAUUUUGUUUUUUUUAUUGCUCUGAAGUCUUACUGUAAGCGGGCUUGCCAUCACCUCAAACCUCACUCUUGGCCUCGUUGGCCUGGGGGAGGGGCUCUUCCUGCUUGUUUCCAUGGAAAUGUGGGCCUUUUGGAUAUAAUCUUCCACAUUAUGACAUAACUUAUCUCCAUGAAGAAUGCUUUCCAGAAAGUUACAUACUGUUCCUUUAAUGUCUUGGUUUUUUCAAAAUUGAAUGUCAAUCUGUAUAUUAAGCCAUUUUUAUACAUUUUACUCUGGGAUUUUUUAUGUUUAAAAUAUAUUUUUGGAGUGUAUUUUAUAUUGCCCUGAAUUCAAAUGUAACAUAUUUGUUUCUCUGGAAUUUUAAUAAUAAUUUGAUAUUUUCAUGAUAACACA